GAAAUUAAUUCAGUAAAAAAAAAAAAAAAACUGACAAAAUGAACAUAUUCUAUUGGAGGGUGUGACGACACGCCAUUAAGUGCAGUGUACAAAUGUCGGAUUCCCUGAGGUGAGGUAAAAUGUAGGUGGAAGCACUGGGGUGGUAGGAGCCCAUUGCAUAACCCAAGAACACUAUAGAUACAAAAUCUAACGUCCCCGACCACCAGCACCAUCGCCCUCGUCGCACUUACGCGCCACCGCAACCGCCGCAGAUAAUGGGUGCUGCAGAACCUGUGGUGCACAUAGAAAAUGAAGAAGAAUCAGUGCGUGAAGAAGAAAUGGAGGAAAAAGGGAAAAAGGAAGAUGAAUUGAAGGAUUUGGAGAAAGGUGAGAUGAGUAUUCAUAAAUCAGAAGUUCAAAAUCAGGCUCCAGAAGAAGUUCACAUGUCGAGAAUGCAAAGAUUGAGCAAUUCAAAUCCUUUAAGACUUGUAAUGAAUAAUGCAACAAGAUUUGCUUCUCCUUCGCAUCAGCCCCCUCGCUCUUCUCAGCCACCUUCUCAGCCGCCUCAGCCUUCUCCUCCUCCUCCUCUGCAGCAGCCUCGCUCUACGCCUACCCCCACAAGAAUCAGUGAUAACUCUGAAUUCAAGAUCGUACACAAACAAGUUUUCCCUGUUUUUGUUCCUUGUGCAUAUGGUUCUGGCUUUUGGAUUGGUGUGUUUUAUGAUAGUUAAAGGAGUGCAAGGCCUAGUAGAAGAAGGUAAGUCCCAAAGAGAAGAGAAGAGGGUGUUGAAGUAUUUUUUGCCACAAGUUGAGGCUGCCUCUUUUCUUAGCAUGACACUGGCAUUUGUAUGGCAAAAGGCAGUUAGAUUAUGGCCUAAUAUUAUGGUGCUUUUCAUAAUUUGGAGUUCUUUCAUCUUGACUUUAUCGGCCGGGAUUCUUUUAAUUUGGUUCCAAAGGCCAGCAACAGAUGGAGUUGGAGCUCUUUUUAUUGUGUUUGCCAUUGGUAAUGGAUUAUAUGCGUGUUGGGUUACACAAAGAACUGGUUUUUGCUCCAAGAUUUUUAUGAAGGCACUUGAACCCGUAUCCAAAUUUCCUGAUCUAAAUCUUCCUACUUAUUGGAUGCUCGGUGCUGGAUUUUGUUGGAUGUCAUUUUGGGUAUUAGCUGUGAUUGGAUCACUGAAUUUCUACGUACCACCAUUGAUUAUAAUUGCAUUGAUAUUGAGCUUGGCUUGGACUGCUGAGGUUAUGAGGAAUGUGGCUAAUUUAACAGUUAGCAGAGUAAUUUCUCUUUAUUAUCUCAGAGGUAUGCAAUCUAAUACCCAGUUUUGCUUCCGAAGGGCCUUGUCAAAGAAUCUGGGGAGUGCUUGUCUUGGUUCCCUUUUUGUGCCUGCAAUUGAAGCUUUGAGAAUCUUGGCACGUGGGUUGAAUUUGCUUGAGGGCGAAGAUGAGUUCAUGUUUUCUUGUGCGCAUUGCUGUCUCAGGGUCAUGGAAUCAAUCUUUCGACGAGGAAAUGGCUGGGCUUACGUUCAAGUAAUCUUGCAUUCUUGCUUAUCUAAGUUAAAAAAUUCUUUCCAUUUACAUGUAGAUCUUCUGGAUUAAAAGUCUUAAAGAAAAAGGCACUCUGGAAAUUGUCUUCUGGGGCUAGUGCUGGUGACUUGGAUACCUUGGACAGUGUGCUAGAUGGCAUUUAUGGUGGCGUCAACCUGAAUCUGCCUUCAUCUCAAUUAGAUAUUAAAUCUCUAAGUCUAAAUAUAAAGUAACUUAUGAUCAAAGUAAUCUUGAAACAGAAUACUGAUAAGUGUGUUUUUACACACUUAUUUGGUUU